AUGGCAGGGAAGAAAGGCGGCGACGGUAGCAAGAAGGCCGCCGGCCAAGCCCGAAAGGCUGAGACUGCCGCCAACAAGGCUGCCGCAGAGAACGCGAAGAAGGCGGCGGAAGAAGCCGCCGAUUGGGAGAGGGGUGCUAAAAAUAAUUCUAAGAAAGAAGCACAGGAAGCAAAGAAGGCAGAGCAAGCCCGGAAAAAGGCCGAAAAAGAAGCUCUUGCUGCCGAAGAGGAAAAGAGUCUGCCAACUCGCCCUGGACCUAAGAAUUCUAAGACGGCCGUUAAAAAAACAAAUCGGGGUCUCGACCUGUCUCAGUUUGAUGAUAAAAAGCUUCCGACGCUCGAGGCGUCGGGAGUGGAUAGCGCUCUAGAUGUUCUAGAUCUUGUUGCGUCGAACGGACCUAAAAUGAAUGUUGACAGGCAUGCCGAUAGAAGGGUUAAUGCUGCAUAUGCAGUGUUCCGGGAAAGACGACUCAAAGAGAUGAAAGAAGACGGAACUAGCGAAGGAUUGCGUAUGCAUACGAGGGAGGAAAUAAUCAAGAAGGAGUGGAAGACCAGCCCGGAAAACCCAAUCCACGACCCCCGGAAUGUUAAAUACAACGCGAAGAAAGACGAGAUCAAGGCAAUGAAGCAAGGGGAGAUGGACCGAAUUGAAGCUCUAUACGGCGAGGACUCUAAGUAGGAAUUAGGGACCUGGGUUGAAAGGAGCAAGAGAUUAUAUAUAGGAUAUCUAUGGUGAAGGAUAAAUGCGGGUAAGAGACAAUGAGUGUUGGUUGUAAUUGGCCAUCUCAUCUUUCUAAAGAGUUUUUCGUCUCUUGGGGUAGGGCUUGGGGCAAACUCAUUCAGGCUGGAAAACAAAGCCACAUGCAAAUAGGUUAGCAUAUAUAGAUUGUGUACCUCAUAGUAUGUAAAUGUACACUUAUGUAUAGUUGAACUUAUGUAUGUAUAGUUGACUUUGUAGGGUUGACUUAUGUCAACGAAAUUUACAGGAUAUUCAUAUUCUGGCGUCUUCAUCUCGCUAAUUGAAACAUUGACCUUUCUACUGGCUGAUGGUGCGUUGGCAUGCAUAAGUCUAGUAAAAUACCUAGGUACACUGAUUCGUAAAGCCCACUCCAACCCAAAACGUCUCGUGAUGACCACUUGAACAGUUAUUACAGUUUAAAAGACCAUACGCUGCG